AUGCACAAGAUUUUGGCGUAUGCUGCCCGUUAUGGGACGCCAGUGUGUCUUACGGCUGCUGGUGUCUUUUCUUUGAUCACCAUCAUUGUUUUUGGAUUUGGGAUGCCAAACCACACAUUUGAUAAGAAGACAAACACCAACUUGUUAGGGAAUAACUCCACGGAGACGGGAUGUAGUUCCAUUAAGUUGGAUCAUACGACUGCAAUGUCCUAUAAAAUCCCGGGCAAUAAUUAUCACUACCAAUGUGGGUAUUCCGUGUUGAACGACAUCUUGACGUGGGUCUUUGAAUUCCUUUGCGUUGUAGAAGUCGUCUUGUUUUGGGUCUUUGUCAUCGUCUGGAGAAAGAAAAAGGUGUUGACCUUUGUUGUGUAUUGCUGUUUGAUCCUCCCACUCAUUAUGCAAUGCUAUCUCGUGUUCGCUCACUCAAACGAAAUCAUUAAUGGCACUAAAGCUUGCAAAAAGGUCUCGCUCUUCCCUAACAACGCUACACCAGAGUGCUCAUCUUUAGUUUUCGCGUUCACACCAGUUUCGGACGUUAUUAACAUCCUCCUUUACAUCGCAGCCAUUUGCUUGGGCUCUGUCAUGUAUUUCUGUCGACCAAAAAUCUCUAAGUUGCUCGAUGGAAAUGAAGGGGGUGAUAUGAAAAAGGAACUUGUCGACCCUAAAGCUAAAAAAGAGGAAGUUGAAGACCCAAUUCAAGAUAUGAAGAACGUCGCUAAGAAGACUACUACUUCUGUCAUUUCAGGGGCUAUUGAUUUUUCUAAGCUUGGUGGUAAUUAA